AACUCUCCACUCCCAUCUUACCUUUGCUUUCCCAUAAUUAAACAUCACUGCCCACCAUCUCAUUGUCUCUAUCUUUCUCCCUCCAUUUACUCUCCCUUUAUUUUUAUUCCUUUUUCAGUUAAAUUGUUUUAUACUAUUAGAAGAAGAAAAAAAAACUUAGUUCUCACUUUACCUUCUGUUAGUGUUUCAUGAACUUAAAAAUCCCAUAGGCUUGUUUUGUCUUCUCAUAAUCAACCAUACCAGGAGAAGAAACACUGAAAUACAUGUCUCCAAUUCCAAAGUGAUCUCAGAAGCAAGACACUUUCACUUGAUCUUGAAACUUGAGAGAGAGAGAGAGGGACCAAACAGUUCUUUCACUUCAAGCUCUUACAAAUAAAUCUUAUUCUGGUGGUAGGUUGAUGCACUUAUUUGGUCAAUUAGCUUGAAAAUUAGCACGGGUAAAUCAUGAAACCAAACUUUGAUCUUGAAGUGGAGGCCUCAGCAGAAGAUGAAUCUGAAGUUAGUAGCAAUGCUGCUUCCAAUAUAUCUAUUCAUGAAACCACUGCAGGCCCUUGUAAUGAAAGCCCCACUAACCCUUCCAAUGUCACAAAUCCAACAGAGCUUCAUCCUCAUUCAGAUGCUAUAUCACUUGAUUUAACUCUCAACUUCAAUAAGAAUGACUUAGUGGCAAGAGAUUCAAUAGGAUUCUCAUUCUCAAGCACUAGUGAGAGCAGCAACAAUGAACCUGCUUCUCAAACUACUGCAGCAACCAUCCCAAGAGUUUUCUCUUGCAAUUACUGUCAGCGCAAAUUUUUAAGCUCACAGGCUCUUGGUGGCCACCAAAAUGCACACAAGAGAGAAAGAACAUUAGCAAAGAGAGCUCUGAGAAUGGGGUUUUUUUCUGAAAGGUAUGCCAGUGUAGCAUCUCUUCCUCUAUAUGGUUCAUUUAGGUCCUUGGGGAUAAAGGCACACUCUUCAAUGCACCAUGGUUUUUCACCAACAAUAAGGCCUCCUGAGAUAAAAAGCAAUGCAAGAUUUGAGCAAGGAUAUAUUGGUCUUCCAAUAUUCUUGGAGGAUGAUGAUGCAGAACUGUUGUGGCAAGGUAGUUUCCGUAAGGUUACUGAGGGAGGUAAUACUCAUCAGAACUUCAUAACUGGAAGUUCAAAUUUGAGUUUUGCUGAGGUGAAUCCACCAGUUGAGACAGAGAACUCGACACCCGAAUUAACAUUGAAACUUUGAUGGGGUUAACAAGAGUUUCCUCUUAUUUUGUACAGUAAGACAUACAUGCAAGGGCAAUGAUGAUGCCAGAUUGAUCAUUAUACUUGCUGGGCCACCUGUGACUAUCUUCUUCAGUUUUCUCUUACAAAUCCUUGCUUUGGUGUUUUACUCUGCAUGUUUCUUGUUGUAUAAGAGCUCUGAGAGUACAAUUUUGGAGCUCCUGUGCCUGUCAUAUAAAUCCUGUUUUUUGUUUACUGUAAUUA